AUCAGGAAUCUGGCAUGGCACAGGAACGGGGAUUUUGUAGCUGGUUAAUGCCAUGGCUGAGCAGCAACUCUUGAUUGAAAGUGCCCUGGGGGAAGAGGAGCGAGUGAAAAAGCCGUUUGCCUUUAGAAAUAACCCACACAGAUGAAGGAACUCUGUUAAUUUUCUUCAGAGUGUCUGUUAGAACGUUUGAUGUGCCAGUUUAUCUUGGCUUCACGAGCUGCUCUUUCCCUGUCGAUGCCUGUCAGGAGCUCGUCCGGCAGGGAGAGGCCCUGAAGCGCACGGAGCAGAUGGUGGAUAAAAUGGACCAGGACUUGAAGACAAGUCAGAGGCACAUAAACAGCAUUAAGAGUGUUUGGGGGGGCUUGGUAAACUACUUCAGAGCCAAACCUCCAGAGAGCAAGCCAGAGCAGAAUGGAGCCCCUGACUAUUAUGCUAACAGCAGAUUAAAAGAAGCAAUGAUGUCUAGUAAAGAACAAGAGUCAAAAUACCAGGAAAGCCAUCCAAAUUUAAGGAAGCUAGAUAAUUCAGACAGUGAUUUCAGCAAAGCAGAUUUAGUUUCUUCAGUGCAAAGGGAUGAUUCCUACCCUAAGAACCAACAGCUACGAGCUUACCACCAGAAAAUUGAUACAAAUUUAGAUGAGAUGUCUUCUGGGCUGAGCCGUCUGAAGAACCUGGCCCUUGGUCUGCAGACGGAAAUCGAGGAGCAGGAUGAUAUGCUGGAUCGGCUCACGAGGAAAGUAGAGACACUGGACAUCAAUAUUAAAAACACUGAUAAAAGAGUCCGACAACUUUAAAGGGUUUUUAGAAUUCUUUUUGUCCGGCGUCAGAUCAUCCUGGAGGUCUCAUUUCAACCCAUCUCUUAAAAAAUCUUGGAUAGUAUCUGUUUCUCCUUUUUUCUGAUACGUUAUUGGUUUUGUUGUCCAUAAAAUUCCAUAGGCUUAAUUCAGCACAAUACAUGAAAUUUCUUCUUAGUGUCCAUGGGAAUAGUGCAUGUGGAGUAGAGUCUCAGCAUGGGGUCAGGAUGCCCUGCUCAGUUGUGUCCCUGUGUCGUGUGCGUGGAGGAAUUCGCAGGCCACAAAGCUCCAGUGUCCUUGGCCUGGGAGCUGUGGUGAGAAAAGGAAACUGCAUUUUUUGCCUCUGUUUUGGGGAGGGGGCAGGGGGAACAGAAUGUGCUGCUUUGUUCAGAACACAUGUUGCUAAUUCUGUUUACCUACAGCUAUGUUAAAUUAUGAAAAAACGCUGAUUUCCAGCUGUAAAAAUAAUUUAAAGUGACUGUUGUGGCAUUUCUGGAGCUUAAGGAAUGGACUGUUCUGUGGAAGUUGUAAAAUAUCAAGGGUGUCAUGCAAUCAUGAUAACAUCCUGUGCGUGUUCCCCUUCCUAAGAUGACUUUUGCCAAAUGGUGAAUCCAUGAACUGUGUUUUUUAUGUUUGGUCACUAAAUACUAAUUGCCUUUACAGUCUUUCCAGUAAAGAUCUCUAAGGAUAUCAUGGUCUGCAAGAAAUGUUGAUUGACAGUGACCCAAAGAGUUUGGGUAACAAAAUCAGGACUUAAUUGUACAUGUUUUUUAAUAUACUUUUGCAGAAAUUGUCACCAUCUGCUUUUUUAUUUUCUGCUCUUUCUCAGCUUAUUCAUUUAGGUGACUAUUUGAAAAAAUAGCUCCCAUUUUAGGAAUGGAGAGUUGAUCUGAUAAAUUGCACAAACAGAUCACAGAAGAUUGUUUAACAUUGAUUUCAAAUGUUAUUAGGGAUGGAGCAGAUGCUCUGUUUUGCUGGGCCAUGUGACUGUUAAACUCCACGUGGGUUCACAUCCAUCUGCCUUGGCUUAGCAGGUAGGAUAAAAUUCCUGCAAAUGAAGAAAAGCUCAGAAACAUUUUUGAGUCUUCCAGAUAGAAGUUGAGCCUUUCACUUUGUUUUGUUCUUUUAUAAGUAUCCCUGUAGAGCAAAAUAAUCACAAUUCUGCUCCAGCCUGAAGACAUAACAAUGAGAACCUGCUGCCUGUCCUGAAAGUGAGUCAGCUGUGGUUUGGGAGGCCCAGGGACCUGUGUCAGUGUUGGAACAGUCACCAUCACGAGUGACAACGUGUGGCUGGGAGGAGACAGGUUCAUUUUUUUUGAGCUUGUGCCACGUUAUGUUAUGAACUAAAGGAAGACCUUGGUGUUUGAAGCUGUCAGGCUCGUGUCCUUCACAGACAUGGCAUUCCCACCCUUUUGUUGUUUUACUGUGUCUUCUGGAAGUUCACUUGUAGAAAAAUAAAUCACUAAAAAAGCUACACUUAUUAAACAUUGUAUUAUGGAAAAAAUACUACUUGUGGCAUUACUAGCAGGGUUGAGUCGUGAAUUAGAUUUGAGGUGAGCCUCUGUUUCCAUUUGUUACUCAUGUCAUUGAUUUCAGUCCCUAAAUAAAAAUCUGGUUUUCAGGGACAUAAAACUUCAAGAGCUAUUGAGUACUUUUAAUUGCUUUUUAAUUUUCAGUUUGUAUCAUUUAUGCUCAUUUAGAACCAUUAAAUACCUUAUUAAUAUAUAAUCUUUUUGGGUGUAUACCAUGAUUAAUUGUCUUAGUCUGUUAGAAUAUUUAUUAAUUAUAUGAUUUGAUGUCUCAAGAGAGACAUACAUUUAUUGAUACAUUUAUUUAGUAAAUUAUACAAUUGUUAGUAUUCAAAAUAUUAAGUAUCUCAGUGAAGGAAGAUUGACAUUUUGAUUAUACCUGGUUUAGUUUUGUUCAGAUGUUUAGUUGUAUUUGCCUUAUGGAAUGUUCACUGCAUCCCAGAUAUCUUUGAUGCCUUUGAAAACACAGGUAGGGAAGGGGAAUAGAAAAUAAAUCCCUAUUUCUGCUUUGAGAAUGUUGUGAUCCAAGCAGACUAGAAUCCCAGGAUCUCAGCCCUGUGGAAUUUACACAGAGGUCUAACUCCUCAUCUCUUCUAACAAUGCUAUCACUGCCUCAGUAACAUAUUCCUGCCUUUGCUUAGGGUUUCCUGCUCUAUUUAUUAUUUUUGUCUUGUUUUAAUGGCCUUGUUUUAAAGGAUUAUUUUCCACAUUGGAGAAAUAAUUGCAGAGGGGAAAAGAUUGUGCAUGUAUAAAGGAAUGUCUAAGGAAUGUCUGCUACAAACUGAAUUCCCUUCCUCUGCUUCCAUAUAGAUGCUUUAUGCUGAUAAUGAACUUCAGUGGAACUGACAUGAAGAGACAACACUAUUUUGUAAUAGUGAUGAUUUUUUUUUUUCUCUUGGAAUAACUUUCCAUCCUGCAGGAAAAGGAAAUUUAAAGGAAAAUAACCACAUGGAUUUUGCCUUUCCAGGAAAUGCCACUUUGCAUGUGUAAUGAAGGAUUUACUUCAGUAGCUUUUCUUACUGUUCCCUGAGAUGGAGUUUUAUUUCUUCUUGGAUACUGCUGAAAAACUUAAACUGUGUGGGGUCUAGGAAUUUCAGAAGAGAUUUAAUUUGCACUCACAUGCUAACUCGAUAAAAUAAAUGAUUUUGCCUGUAUAUUCAUGUUGGCAUAUAAACUGGUGUUCUUGCAGCAAAAUAGUUCUGGUUAUUUUUAUUGGCUUGAGUAGAAGUUUAAUAAGGUCAUAAGAAAAUGGCAAAAAAUAUUUUAAGUGUUCUUUAUAAAAGGCAAUUUUCUUGCUCCUCAAAAAGUUUGCUGCUCAGUUUUGAAGAGAUUUUAAACACCUGGGACUAACAUAACUUCAUAACACAGACAUUAGACUCUUAAAAGCAGCAAGGAGCACAAAUGGGAAUAACCAGUGUCUGAGGACUAGAUUUCCAGGUGUAUUUGAUUUUUAAAUUUCCUGAGCAUUGAAUUAAAUAUUGUAACAAAUGAUGUGUAGCUGAACUUUAGUCUGAACUCCAAGGAUCUGUCUCUGUGCUGAGCUGGAUUGACCCACAGAAAUCCUUGGGACACGAUGGUGUCAGGGGUUCUUUUAGUCUGUGAAAUUCAUCUGAAGUAUUUUGCUGCCUUGUAGCUUUUGGGAUAUCAUUUGUUAAAUGGUAAAAUAGGAAAUACUUUCCACCCACACUGCCUUCUGAAUAAACAGAUUUUUGUAGGCAUUUUUACAAGCAUAACAUCAUAUGGAGGAUAUGUGUUAAUUUUUACUUUGAAAUAUGUAGGACUUAAUUUUCAAAUCAUAGGUGGUGAUUAUUUGUGUCUGUCGCUUUUUAAAAAAGAACUUUAAUUCUGUGCCACCCAGGUAUAACACUUUUUGUACAAGUCAAAUUGCAUUAUCUUUUAUUUAAAUGCUAAACUGGACUGUAGUUCAGCAAUUUAGGAGAUUGGAAGAAAUGAGUGUUAAAUGGUAAGAUGGUCAAUAAAAGGUGCUUAUUGUUAAUGAA